UGACACUAAAGGAAAAAUUCUAUGAUGUCACUAGUGAGGCUGUCUAUGUGAGGUCAUCAGCUCUAUCUAUGUAACAUAGUUCUGUCUUUUUCUCAUUACUUGCUCUUUCGCUGACCAGAUCAGACGUACGCAAAGCUCUUUUCAAGUCAACCGUUAAUUCGUAGAUCAACACCGAUUUUAACAACCAUAUUUGUGGAAAAAUGGCUCAUCAAAUGCCGAGAUACCACAAUGGAAAUAUGGGACCCCAGGCAAGAUGGGGAAAUCAACAUAAUCAGCACGCCCGGUUUCAUCCUCCACCUGUACAUUUCUUACAAGGAGAAAUCCAAAGACUGAGCGGUCUUUUGGAAAUGGAGAGAGCGAGAUGGUUUGAAGAGAACCAAAAGGUAGCCUGCCUGGAAGCAGAGCUGGAAGAGACAAAAUUCCAGUGGAGAAGGCAAAAACAUCUCAAAGAAAUGUAUAUCAAUAAGGGCAAAGAGACAAAGAGGGAACUUGAGAGAAUAGAGAAAUUUAGUGAUCCAGCAACUCUUAACCCUGCGGUCAUCGCUUCCAAGGUUCACAACAACAUGAAAUACAAGAAGAAAAAGUUGUUGCAAAAAGACUUUGUAGAAUUAAAGGUGGCCCACACCCUUGACCAGGAAGCAUUUACGUCACAAAUCCAGGCAGAAAAAGAGAAAAAUAAUGCCUUUCAAGAAGAACUGGACAAACUCAAGACUUCCUACGAGGAGCUUCGCUCUAAAUGUGAAGCUGACGUUUCUGCAGGGAGGCAUCUGGCCCAGAUGCAGACGUUUUGUGAAGAGAGGAUUGGUGAGGAUCCACAGCUCCUUGAGAACCUGAGAGCUGAGAAGGACGAUUUCUAUCAAAAAAUGUCACAAGAGAUCGCAUUUCUGCAAGAGAGGGAAAAGGGUUUGCAGAGAGAACUGGACCAGAUCAAAGUUUCACACCAGGAACUCAACUGUAAGUAUGAAAAAGAUGUUUCUGCACUGAAACAGAAAGCUGAAACAUAUCAGCAAGAGAUCAGUUGUGAGAAAAAUUUUAAUUUGGAAAGAGCAAACAAGGAUCUACAGCUUAUCAACAACCUAAGAGCUGAAAAGGAAAACCUCUACCAAAAAAUGUCACAAGAGAUCACAUUUCUGCAAGAAAGGGAAAAACAGUCAAAAAGUGAACUGGUCCAGGUGAAAGUUUUAUACCAGGAGCUCAACUGCAAGUAUGAAAAAGAUGUUUCUGCAUUAGAACAGCAAGCAGAAACAUAUCAACAGGAGAUAAUUCACCAGACAAAUGCUAAAUCAGAGCAGGACCUUAAGCUCAUCAAUGAACUGAGAGCUGAGAAGGAAGAUCUCCAUCAAAAAAUGUUACAAGAGAUCACAUUCCAGCAACAGAAAUCAACUGAGACGGUGAAACAUCUCCAAUGUCAACUGGAGCAGGUUAAGGUUUCGUACCAGGAGCUGAAAGCUACAUAUGAAAUUGAUGUUCUGGCUCUAAGACAGCAAGCAGAAACAUUUGAGCAGGAGCUAGAGAAAGAGAAGCUACACCUGGCCUGGCUCUGUGUCUACCUGUGACAGCUUUCUGGAGAGGGGAAUC